UAACUGCUGAAAGUCGAAAGAGGAAAAAGAGCCGAAGGGUCCCGUUACAUUUUAGCCUCAUUCACAGUUCCUUGUUUUUCAUCGUCAUGUUGGAUGUGAGAAAGUCGAGACGAAGAGACAUCGACAGUUUUAACCCGAGAUAAAGUCCUGCGUCGAGCGUUUUCUUCUGCGCAUAACGGGAUCUUUGUUUUUAUAUAUCAUGGAAGAUGGCGUGAAAGAGGAGCCAGCCAAGCCCAACGAGGUGACGAGCGCUGCGAAGGCGGGCUGGUUGAAGAAGUCUUCAGGGAAGUUCUUGAGCAGCUACAAGGACCGAUACAUUCAGCUGGAACGAACAGUGAUUGCAGUCUAUGAGAAUGAGGAAUUGACAACAUGCCUAGAGAAACUGGACUUGGGCAACUACGACAUUUGCCACGAGUUAAAGAGUCCUUUUAAGAAGAAACACAGACUGGUACUAAUACGAAGCCCCAAGUGCGGUAACAAGGUCCAAGAUGUCAAACUUCAGGCACAAACCCCUGAGGAGAAAGAGGCCUGGAUCAAGGCACUGAGUGAAGGAAUCAAUAAGGCAAAGAACAAAAUUUUUGAUGAGGUAAAAGUCGAUGAAAGCUGCUCUUUAGAACAUGUUACACGGAACCGACCAAAGGGGAACCGUGGAAGAAGGCCACCAACAAGGAUACACAUGAAGGAGGUUGCAAAUGUUUCAAGUGAUGGAAUGUUGAGACUAGACCUUGAUGGUGAAGUUACCAUGCAGAAUGGAACUCAUGGCUUUAAAACAGAAGGGGAUAAACAAACCGAAACUUCUAAACCAUCUGAGGCGAUGAACAACAUUCCAGAGGAGGACACUGAUGAAGAGUCCACACCCCAGAAGAAAGUUAUUAAUCCGCCCAUGCCACCAUCAAAAGACAACAAACCCAGUGAAACUCAUAAAGAGGAUGAGCCCAAAAAUGAGGAACCUGCAGCUCAAAAGAAGGCACCACCGAUGCCUCCAUCAAAGGAGUCUAAACCUUGCGUCUCUGUUGAUGGGGCUGCUGUUGAGAAGAAUAUCUCAGAUAGUAAAGUAGAGGUUGAAGCAGAAAGCACUGACUCUUCCGAACCAACCCCUUCCACCAAGAGCGUCCAGCCCCCUACUCCUCCAUCCAAACAUAUUAAGCCCAACCCGGUAACACCAGCCACAGUCACAAUAGAGGAAAAAGAGAAGAAUAAGGAGGCUGAUGGCGAAGGUACCAUGGUAGAUGGAGCUUCAAAUGAGAAAGUAGACCUGGAUAAGUUAGAAGAGGUAGAGACCAUUGUUCUAUCCAAAAAGGUAAUGAAACCACAAGUAGUGAUGUGGGAUUCACCCAUUAUACCAUCAAAAGAACCUAGUGCUGAACAAGAAGUGCAAAACUCAAAGAAAGCCUCUGAUACCACUGGAGAAGUUGCAACCUCACUAGAACCUUCCCAACUUAAUCUUACUCCACUUUCAACCCCUGAAUCUGUAAAAAAGAGACCCGGGCCCCCUGCUCCACCCAAGAAGAAGCCAUUUAAGGCAUCUGCCAAGAAAGAGGACACUGCCGCAAAAAGUGACCCAAUGGUCGUUACCCACUCCGUCGUUUCAUCUUCAGAAACAGUUGACAUCAAAUUGGCUAUUCCAGAACCCAAUCCUGAGCCAAUUGGUGAUGUGUCAAGUGAAGAUUUGGAGGAGAAGUCUUUAGACAGUGGUCAGCACUCAGGAGAGGAGUCUGAAACGGGUGACCACGUUACGCCAUCCUCCGCAAAGCUCAAAGGUAGCUCCCAGGGACUAGAUUUAGAGGCCAGCGAGGAUGAUCUAGAACCUUCUGACAGCAAAGCCGAGAGUUUGGAGGAGCCAUUGUUAGAAACCCCAUCCACCACCUCAAAGACCUCAGUUCUCAAUGCAAAUCCAACCCCAAGCCAAUGCGCCAACUUGUCCCUGUCCAUGCCUCUCAAUCAUUCUUCCAAGGCCCGCUCCACAUCCCUAGGCGACCUUCUUGUGGAGAAUGCAGAUAAGAUGGAAAGCAAGGGGAAAAAUAUACCAAUUAAUCCACACGGAAGUGACGUAAAGGACUUGCAAAGCAAAGUGUCUUCUGAGAUCAAAGAGACUGGAGAGCUGCUGAACGCAAUCGCGACCGGACAGAGUGGUGAGACGGAAAUGAAGGGGGACGCGAGCCCAGAGGUCUUGCUCUCUGCAGCAAUGGAGAAGCUCAGGAAAGCGGACCAGUUCUUGAAGGAAGCCACAAAUCUUAAAGAUCUUAAUAAAAGAAACAGAUUAAGCUUGUAAUGGUAAGUGUUGGUGGAAGGAACCUGUAGGGAUGAUUGAUCUAUGCUGAAAAUGAAAUUUUACAGUAUGCAAAUGACUGUAUGCAAAUGAUCAAACGCAAUUCUUAUCCUCAACCAUGUUCAAAUCUCUAAGAAACCUCGAAAGACUAUGAUGCCUUAAGGCCCGGGUAUACUUCUCUUUCUGCGUUCCGCUCUGUCUUGCACACAGCCGUGUCCCAAGUAUACGGAACCGCGGAUGGAUGAAUUUGACACAUGCGGAGUAUCACCUAGUGGACUUGUUCUGGCACAACAUUUACCUGCCUGCACUGUUGUACGUGGACCGUCUGUACAGAAAAAAAAAAUUGGGCUACACGCAAACGAUGUGCGUGGACGUCCCCAGUAUACUUUGGGCUUUAAAGAUUUGGUAAUGUAGCUGUAUAGCCUCUACAGCAGGGUUCCUCAAAUCCGGUCCUGGAGGGCCACUGCCCUGCAGAGUUUAGCUCAAACCCUGAUCAAACACACUUGCCUGUGAUUUUCUAGGGAUCCUGAAGACCUUGAUGAGCUUGCUCAGUUGUGUUUGAUUAGGGUUGUACGUGGACUGUCCGUGCGGACACAAAAAUUGGGCUGCGUGGAUGUCCGCGGAUAUUUCUGAUGAUGAAAAUUGCAUCAUGUGGACUGUAAAGCGUGCAGCCGAAGUAUACUUUGGGCUUUACAGUUUUUUGGUAAUGUAGCCUCUAGAUCAGGGGUGCCGCCCAAUCCUGUUC